UUGACAUUGCUUGUGGUUGUGUGGCCAGCUGGCUGAGGCUUUGUUAUAGCCAGCGGUAUCUUUUAGUUGUUUUCAAAGUUUCUUUCGUAUUGGUUAGAGGGUAGGGCGGUGCGUUGUCCUAGGUUUCGGCCGGACUAGCGUAUCGUCCGGUCUUCCAUAGUGUUAUUGUAACUAUAAAUUAGAUAAUUGCGACAUUCGACAAGUCCAACCUUGCUGGCGUUAAGUAAUUAAUUAAACGAGAUGACCCGUGGAAACCAGAGAGAUUUGGCUCGCGCCAAGAACCAAAAGAAACAACAAGAAAUGCAAAAGAAAAAGAAUGCUAGUGAAAAGACAGGCAUGUCUUUACAAGAAAGGAAACAUAGGGAUGCUGAAUUAAUGAGAGAAAAGCAACGAAAAAAAGAAGAACAGUUAGCAGCAAGUAUGAAUAACCAAAAACAAACUGCAAAUUAAAUAUUCAGGCAAAAACAUGAAGGUUUUUUGACUGCUCCUCAUUAUGUUUAAUCACAUAAAAUUUUGAGCUUGUCAGCGGUGAGCCGAACUUGGAUAUGUGAUUGAAGCACUCCUUAAAAUUAGAAUAACAUUAAAAUCUUGUGUUUAACAGAGCCUAAUUUAAUUAUAAUCCCAAAUAAUGAAGAUUUUAUUAUGUUAAAUGUUAUAAUAGUUGGGAGCCUAGGAUUUGAACAUGUAUGAUCUGAAGAAGUAGUCAUUACUGUGCCUGAUCAGGCACAGAUGGCAUGACAAAUUGGUUAACAGAUUUGUCACAAGAAGUCUUAGCAUUUAUGCAAAUCUUAAUGUUAAUUUUGACUGAAUAGGUUUGUAUGUAUACUCAACUACCCAUUUUUGUACAAUAAAAUCUUAAAAGUACAACUGU